AAUGGACUUGCACGGGGGUACUCUCGUAUCUCCCACUGCAAGGAUUUUCUAAACACGAAGAAUACUACACCCACCACUACCACCACCACCACCACUACCACUACCACCGCCACCACCACCACCCCUAAGCCUGCAGCCACACUCUCCGCCACAGCCCCUCCCGAUGCAACGCACACAGCAACUUGGCUAUCUACGGAGGUUGUGAUAAUCAUGGUGUUGGUGGCGGCAGUGAUGGUGAUGGCUGCAUUGGUGGUGCUGCUGGUGAAGCGUUUCCGGCAGCGAAGGAACACUGUGGAAGAGCCCAAUUACCACAACAACGUGGUGGACCCUCCCCCACCCAUCGUCCCGCCACGUCAGCGAGCGGACGCCUCCCAGGGCAUGAGGACCGAGGCUGAGGACGAGGACAAUGUAUAUGAUGAGAUUGAGGACUUUGCGCAGCGCUUGGUCUUCGUGGCGGGACCUACAAGAGCAGGGAUGAGACAAAACGCUGAACAAGACGAUGGCUGCUUGAGGAUGAGCAGGUCUUUGUACGAGGAUGAUGGGUACCUAACCCCGAGGCCGGCUCCCGUAUAAGAAUUCAAAGGCUUAGUAUAUUUACAAAGAUGCUAUUUUUUCAUGAUUUCGAGGACAUAUUUGGUUCCCUGACUACGUUUAUUAUGUCUUCUUGUCUUCAAACCUCCCCGUAAAAGCAUAGAAAAGAAUGUAGGGAUCAAAAAUAUCUGAAAACAUCCUUAAUUUUUCACUCUUGAUUAAUUAAGAUGUUUUUUUUUUCAUGAUUUCGAAGAGAUUUGGUUCCCUGACAACGAGCAUCUUCAAGUCCUCCUUAUCAAAAAUAUUUACCCUAUACCACGUUAUCUACUAUAAGGAAAGUAGGGCUGCUCCCGCCCCUUCUGCUGCUUCUGUCCUCGGCGGUGCCUGCGCCAGGAGGUUCCCCCAGGCACGUCAUGGCCCUGAGGUGCCCUGCCGACAUAUACGUCACACCACCAGAGGAAUCCAAGACCAGUGAAACUGAAACUGUGAUGGGAGAUUAC